GGUUGGCCAGGGUACACUCUGACAUUGCUGCAACAAAGCGAUGUUUUGUUUUGGGGUUGUUUUUUUUAAGCAUUUUAUGCUUUUGAGGUGAACACGCUCCAGUAUAACUGAGUAUUGUAAAACAAAUGAGCAUUUCAUUUGUCAGUGCAGGCUGGAGCUUGUGCAGCUCAGACAUCCCUCUGUUCUCUCGGCGUGUAGGUGCGGUGCCUCUCCGCUGCGCUGCAGCCGCUGUUGCUGCAGGGGGAGCAUACGUCCAUCCACUUCGUGCUGCUGCUGCUGUGUGCUGCGAUGUGCGGCGGCCGCCUUAUUAUCAGUCUACCCCGUCUGCUCCCUUUAUCUGGUUUUACUUCCAUCAGACCGCCGUGGAACAGAUCCGUCAUUACAGGGGAGCGCUAUGUGCUGCAGGGAGGUGACACGUCUUGGGGCGCGUCUUAACUGAGAUGGAGCAGAAACUGACAUGUACACAUCACUGCCUGCUUGGUUCCUGGAAAUGCUGGUUCCUCCCAACAAAGAUUAAUAAUUCUCUGACUGGAUCGAGCCAGUGAGGUUUCAGUAUGCGGUCCCUGAGAAAGACAGCGCUGCUCGCCAUCCUGGUGUCUGUGGUGCUGGUACUGGCUCUCCUCCACUCAUGGCCCACUCGUGCCUACAACACGGUAGACCUGUGGCAGCGGCUAGGGCCGACAGUAGAGAGGCACCUGGAGGAGAAGCUGCCAGAACCGGACCAUCAGUUAAGCAGCGUCCCCUUUCAUAUUAGGAAAAGUGUAGCAGGCUUGCUGGCACGUAAUGGGUGCGUUUGUGAGGGGGAGAGUCCAGGAGUAAACCUGCCCUUUGCCCAGCUGCUGUUCCCGCGGGUGUCAGCUCACUCUCUGCACACGGCCUUUGACGCCUCUGAGCUGGAGGAAAUGAAGACGAGACGAGCUAAAGAGUACAGAGGUUUCCAACUGAGAUCCAAGACUGCUGCAGACACGCUCAUCAUCGCCGAGGCCAACAAUCCCCUGCAGUAUCCAACACAGGGGGUGGAAGUACGGCCCCUGAAAACAAUCAUCAUCCCAGGCUUGGCCUUACACGAUCUUCCCAGAGACCAUUACACAAUAAACAUUACUGCCACGCUAGGAACACUAAACGUAGCAGCAGAAGUGGAGGGAGUGAAAAUAAAAGGUGAUGGAGGGAUGCAUAUGAGUCUGUCCAGCAGUUUGCUGCUGAACUUGAACCGACAGCUGCAGUUUGUCACCUACACAAACACAAUGUUUCAUCCCAACACUGCAGACACAGUGGAGUUUGAGACAGAAGGUCAUCAAGCUGCCUUCAGCAUCAAGAUCCGUCAUGGAGUGACUCCAAAACUUUAUGACACUGGACCUCAGGAAGAGUACAACGUCAGUGCGCUUGUUACCGUAGCGACAAAGACCUUCCUGCGUUAUGAAAAGCUUCAAAAGCUAAUUGACAGCAUCAGAAAAUACUACCCCACAGUCACGAUAGUAAUUGCUGAUGACAGCGAGAACCCAAAAACCAUUUCUGGGCCUUACAUCGAGCAGUACAUCAUGCCUUUUGGGAAGGGUUGGUUUGCUGGACGAAACCUGGCUGUUUCCCAAGUCACAACCAAAUAUGUGCUUUGGGUGGACGAUGACUUCUUCUUCACAGCCAAUACCAAGCUGGAGAAGCUCGUAGACGUUUUAGAGAGGACCACUCUGGAUCUGGUUGGGGGUGCAGUGCGAGAAGCUACAGGGUACACAGCUACUUACCGACAAACCAUCUCCAUCGAGCCAGGAGAGGAAGACGGAGACUGUUUGCACAUGAGAAGAGGAUUUCAUCACAUAAUUGAGGGAUUUCCUAACUGCGUUGUGACGGAUGGGGUCAUUAAUUUCUUCUUGGCUCGCACGGAUAAAGUCCAGCAGGUCGGCUUUGACCCCCGUCUCGCCAGGGUGGCUCACCUGGAGUUUUUCAUCGACGGCCUUGGAUCUCUCCAUGUUGGUUCCUGUGACGACGUCAUCAUCAAUCACGCAACCAAAAUCAAACUACCAUGGGUCACCCAGUCAGAAAGCGACAAGACAUACGCCAAGUUUCGCUACCCUCCAGCUUCCUCUGACGCCACACGUACAAAAAACGGCCUCCUGUACUUCAAAAACCGGUUUCAGUGUUUGACUCGUAAUUAGCACUCACAUCUGCCCCGGUCUCUCUGAAGGUUCGUCUGUUCUUCCUGAAUCUCCAAAGACACUUUUCUCCACCCUGCACUGACAGAUAAAACCUGUGGUAGCUCGGUUUGUUCUGCUGUCAUCUUCUGUAAAAACCUCAAGAGAGGGUUGAUGGGAUUUAUUUUGGAAAAACCUAGACGGUCUUCUUUUUCACGUUGCUUUCCUGUGAGAUAUGUGUUGUCUUGCUCGGGAAACCAAUCAUGACGCCGAUGGAGUGAAAACGAGAACUCCUUAUUGGUGUGAGACACUUCCCAGUAGGAGACUAUCCUGAAUUUCCCAGUGCCACAUGAAGAAUAUUCAGAUUCAUAGGUCUGGCUGCAGACUUUGGAGCGCUUCAGUUAUUUUUGUCACCUUUUUUCUACCUCUGUACCUACAGUCCUCCCUCAAAGCCCCGUCUGAGGGAGAGAAACUUCUUAAUCUGUCCAUCUGGAGCGACGGCUGCUGUAUAGAGAGGUUUGGUUGUUUGUCUGAAACCGUCUGGAGCUUUUCAGGUUGUGUGUUUGCACCCCAGGGAAUGAAAGGAAAAAUACAUCUUGAAAUGCUGCCCAAAAGGAACCAUGGAUGAACCAAAGUGCAUGUUAAUAUCACUCAAUAAAAUCAAUGACUAGUUAAAAAACAAGCAGAUAGAAUAACUAAUUGAGGACUUGAAGCAUAGUGGGAUAAGUCAGAGCCAGAAGAAAACUGUGAGUGACAGAAACAGGGAAAAUGUUUUUAUUCCGUUUAGGUACCGAAAGUCAAAGAGUGUGUGGUGCAAAGUUAUUAUACUUAACUAAAAUUAACAAAAUAACAACAAGUGAAACUGAGAAAACAUUUUUGUUUACUGAAAUAUUAAGUAACAGGAACUAAACUGACUAAUUCAUCCUAAAAUUAUAGUCCUUCGUUUUUGUGUUUAUGAAUUUUUAUUUAUUAGCCAUUCCAACUGAUGUGACAUUGAUAU